AUGUCGGCCGCUGGCAACUAUUUCGACUACUCCACCUCUACCACCAAUGGCGUAUACCCCUUUGAUAUUGAUAAUGGCCGUCCUGAUAUUGAUCGGGCGCGCCGAUACAUGAUUCGACACCUUGUGGAAAAACGCAAUUUCACCAAGCAAAGUGCUACUGAUCUAACACAGGCGUAUUGCGAUAGCUGUUUAGGCGAUAUCCCGCGCCGGCUAUGCCUUUUGCACUACAUCCUAGUUCGAGAUUUCAUGGAAAUACAGGGCUAUUCUCAACAGGACGCUGAGCGCAGAGCCAAAGCUACUUUCAAGCGCUGGCCAGUGGGCAUCAUCGACGUGCUUGCGACAGCGCUAUUGCGCAUGCAUGGAGACAUCAUGAAAUCCGCUUUCUCCGAUGGCUGCACCAAAAACGGAGUUCGCAAAUGGUUUAUGAGUGACAGUCGCCAGAUAAUAUAUGGAAUGUUAGCAUAUUUUAUGACUGAAACCCGCGAAAUACUAAACAUGGCACAUACCAUGAACUACGGGCUCUUUCCACAUGGAUUGAACAAAAAUCCAUCCCAACUAAGCCCAUGCCCUCAUACGUUUGAACCUGCAUUUAUCCAAUUUGCAAAUUCAUAUGGCCCAGCAUACGAGAACGGAAACAUGGGGUACCCUAGUACAACGCCCGGCGAAAGAGAGGGCAACAGCAGAGUCCCUCAUAAUUUUAGAUCCGCAUUUGACCGCUUUAUGCUUCCAAUUUGCCAAUCAAGGGAGGAUAAGAAUAUGGAGACUCUUAGUACAAAAUUCAAAAGAGAGGAUGGAAAAAUCCUAGUCCCUCAUGAUUUUAUAGCUACUGCAUAUGCCCGUUUUACACUUGCAUAUGGCGAAUUAAACGAUAAUGAGAAACUGGAGACUCCUAGAAUAACAUCCGAUGAAGAAGAGGAUGGCAAUGAAGGAAAAGUUUGCCUGGACGGUCUUGAUAUUUCGUCUACACUCCACAGGUGGCUCUUUCCACAAGGAUUAAACGAUCGAACCAAACUAAACAUACGCGUUAAUGAUACUGCAUCUGUAUUAAUCCGGUUAAAUUAUGCACUUGUACGUGGCGAAUUAGACUAG